UGCGGCGGCCGCCGGGCAGGAUCGAAAAAAUGGCCAAAAGAAUUGCCGAGAAGGAAUUGACAGACAAGAAUUGGGAUCAAGAGGAUGAAGCUGAAGAGGUGGGGACGUUCUCAGUGGCCAGUGAGGAAGUCUUGAAGAAUAGAGCCAUAAAGAAAGCAAAGCGUAGAAAUGUUGGAUUUGAACCAGAUGCUGGAGGGGCCUUUAAAGGAUUUAAAGGCUUGGUGGUGCCUUCCGGAGGAGGAGGGUUUUCUGGCUUUGGUGGAGGCCCUGGAGGGAAGCCCCUAGAAGGACUGUCCAAUGGAAACAGCACAAGUGCCCCUCCGCUCACCAGCGCAAAGGCGGCAGCAGAGCCCAAGGCGGUCUUUGGUUCUGUGACUGCAAAUGGCCCUGCUGCUUUGCUCGAUAAAAAGAUUGCAAAUCCCAAAACGAAUGGCAACAGCCCGCAGCUGCCCGCCGGCCUGGCGGCGAGCGCGUACCACAAGCAGCUGGCGGCCCUCAACUGCUCUGUUCGGGAUUGGAUAGUGAAGCACGUGAACACAAACCCGCUCUGUGACCUGAGCCCCAUCUUCAAAGACUACGAGAAAUACUUGGCAAAUAUUGAACAGCAGCGUGGCAGUAGCAGUUCCGAAAAUGAAAUGAACAGAAUGUCGGCUGACACACAGCCUCCUUCCCUGUUUGAUUCAACAAACGUGGGGCAAGAAUCCGCAUUUUUGUUUCCUGGCAACAAAAUUGAGGAUUCGUCCGACAAGAAGAUGGAGGUCGCGUCUGACAAGAAGGUGGAGACGCCACUGGCAGCGACAAGUGCCUCGUUUAGUUUUGGCAAGAAAGUUGAUAGCUCUGUUUUGGGCUCCUUGAGCUCUGGUCCCCUGACUGGCUUUUCAUUUUCCCCUGGAAACUCCAGUUUAUUCAGCAAAGAUGGUACCCAGAGUAAACCCGCUGCUUCGCCAUUUUCCACUAAAACGCUAGAGAGCCAAGCAGAAG